UUUGGUUGUCGCGGAGAACGUAUCCUUGAGUGAUCCCAUGAACCGGUGAAGCGAAGUGCUCCACUGCACAGCUUCUUCUUUGUGUUAACCACCAAUAAACAACAAAAUUAUGGCGAGAAAUUUCGAAAGUGUUGUUGUGUCAAGGGUAGAAAGUUCGGGCCAAAUAAUCCAAAAAUAUGACUUCCCGGUUACACUUUCUGCCGAAUACGAUCCACAAGGCUUCACGAUCAAUGGAUACAGAGAUGUUGUUGUUCCAGAGGGCCAGAUGCAAGGUGAACCCUUAUUUUAUUUUGUGCUAUCACAUUCAACGGAAUGUGCCCGAAUGGGUACGCUCAAUUACAUCUUCCAUUUAGAUGACAUGGAGAGUUUGUCUUUUAAGUUCAAGGAUUCUGAUGAGUUGAAAGCUUUCCACACACUUGUGGUUAAAGUGAAAACAGGCAACAAAAACUCUGCAUUUGCUUGCCGUACUGAUGAUUCCUCUGCUAUCCAGUAUUUUCAGUUUUAUGGGUAUCUAUCUCAACAGCAGAACAUGCUUCAAGAUUACAUAAGAACUUCAACAUACCAACGUGCAGUCCUCUCCAAUACUGUUGAUUUCAAAGACAAAAUUGUACUAGAUGUUGGUGCAGGCUCAGGCAUUUUGUCAUUUUUUGUGGCUCAGGCAGGAGCUGCAAGAGUGUAUGCUGUUGAAGCUAGCUCUAUGGCACAGCAUGCAGAGCAACUUGUUCGUGCAAACAACCUUGCUGACCGUAUUUCUGUGGUAGCUGGAAAAAUUGAAGAAAUUGAUCUCCCUGAAAAAGUUGAUGUUAUCAUUUCUGAACCUAUGGGUUACAUGCUGUUUAAUGAGAGAAUGUUGGAAAGUUUUUUACACGCUAAGAAGUGGCUUAAGCCAGAUGGUAAAAUGUUCCCUAGUCGGGGUGAUCUUCAUGUGGCCCCUUUCACAGAUGAAGCUUUAUAUAUGGAGCAAUUCAACAAAGCUAACUUUUGGUAUCAACAGCAUUUUCAUGGUGUUGACCUCAGAGUACUCCGGGAGGCAGCAAUGCGGGAAUAUUUCCGUCAGCCAGUUGUUGAUACUUUUGAUAUGCGUAUUACCAUGGCGAAGUCUGUCUGUCAUGUUGUGGAUUUCAGUACAGCCAAUGAAGAAGAUCUUCAUCUUAUUGAAAUUCCUAUUGAGUUCCAUAUGUUGGAAACUGGAACAGUGCAUGGGUUGGCAUUCUGGUUUGACGUUGCAUUCUUUGGAUCUCAAUCUCCGAUUUGGCUGUCUACCUCACCCUUAGAACCCCUCACACAUUGGUACCAAGUCCGUUGUUUGGUUGAAUCUCCAUUGUUUGUUAAAGCAGGACAACUCUUGCGAGGAAAAGUGUCCCUUGUUGCUAAUCAACGACAAAGUUAUGAUGUAAAUCUCGAAAUGAGGGUGGAAGGAACAACCAUGCGUACUAGCAAUAGCCUUGACCUGAAAAAUCCGUACUUCAGAUACACUGGACAGCCUGCCCAGCCACCUCCUGGCACAGCUCAUGUUUCACCCAGUGAGGCAUACUGGAGCCAUUUAGAUGUUCAGGGUGCACGGCAAGCUGUCAACAUGGUCAAUGGAAUGUCUGUAAAUGGACUUGGUGAAGUGUCCAUGGACACUUCACAAACCAAUAAUCUUAUUGCUCUAGGGUCUCAGCCCAACAUACAUCCUGGGAGUAUAUCUAGCACAGGGCGUCAAAGAAUUGGAACUGCGACCUCCACCCAAGCUGCUCAGUUAAUUGGUGGGGGAAUAACUCCUACACUCUUCACAGCCCAGUGUGGCAACAUGAAUAUCUCUGGCCAACCAACCCAGCUGGUGUUAGGAAACACAACUCAUUAUCCUGUCAACAAUAGCUUGAUGAUUGGAGAUUAUGUUACACCUGGCGUCAACAUCAUGGCUACUCAGACCUUUCGUCAGUAGUUAGUUCCUCACAUCUUUUGAUAAAUACAGAUUAGGUUGUCACCUCUCACACGGCCUUGCCAGUCUCUUCCUUUGCAACUUUUGGACUGCUGUAAUUUAUUGAUGGUUGAAAUGUACAAUAUGUAAGCUUAAUUUGUAGUUAUUCAUUUUACUGGUAUAGUUAUAUAUAUUGACUCAUGUACUUAAAUUAUUGAUUAGUAAUUGUAGAGCAAUAAUGAUGUUAAUCAGUUUUGGAACAUCACUUGUAGUGUGUAUAAAAAGAGUAAUGUUUUGUGCUUUACUCAGGGAUUACUUAAAAUGUAAAUUUGUCUAAUUGGGAGAUAGAUACCAUUGAUUUUAAAUGUGAUUGUAAGAUUUAUGCUAUGCUCUUACAUGAGGCCUAUUGAACGUUGUAACUUCAUGACACUAGACAUCUUUGUAAGUUUAUUUUUGAUAGAUUGGCUUGUUUCUGUUGUAGUGGUAUAUUUAUCUUCCUAUUGUUUAGGAAUCUGAUAAAAUUUUUGAUGAUUUAAGCGGUAUGAAUCUCUUGGUGACAAGAACUCCUGCGUGGAAUAUGUUGCCUCAAAUUCAAAUCCUAAAAGAGAUCACCUGAAAGAUCAGUAUCAAAUCUUCUCGACUGUUGGUCUAAUUGUGUUUUUGAUCACCUAUAUUCACCAUUUAGUUGAUCUAACUUUUCAACGCACAUGAUGUCUCUUGAUUACUUCCUUUGAAAGUAUUGUUGGUGCCAGUGAGUUUAUGAAACUUAUUAUGUUCAUUCUCCUUUUGUAAUCAUCUGUCCUUUUAUUUUUAUUUUCUGUGUUAGUUGUAGACUAAACCUUGGUUGGGUUCAGGAUUUUUAAUCUUUCCUUACAAAUGAAACAAUCUGUGGGUUUUCAAGAACUUUUCAUACUAUCCAUGUUGAAUGGUUAUUUAAAAAUUGUAUGAAUUGUGUCAUUUUAUCAAAACCAAUCUGUGACUUGCAGAAAACCCUAUGUGAUAUGGCUUUUUGACUACCUUAGCAUUUUCUUAUACCAUUUUUAUUUUUCUUAAUUUUGUGUAGUAAUUGUAGGUUCAUUAUAUCAAGAAUAGUGAAUGUGUCUGCCCAUUGUGAUGCUUAUUUAUUAAUCUGAUACAGUUGAGCUCUAAUUACAUGGCACUGCCUUUUUUUCCUCAUAAAAAAGAAAACCAUAAGUUUGGUUAAGUGUUCAAAGUUGGAAUCUGUUGUGUUUUGCUUUAUUGUCUAUCAACACUAGUAAACGAAGGAGUCCGUUGAAAUUUGCUCAUGUAUUUUUGUACUAGGACGUUUUUGCUCUGUCUUACAAUGUCAGAAAUAGGUUUUCUGUUUGAGAUUUGUGUAAUUAAGUGAAACGUAUGCCAACACUUAUACAGAAGUGGUGAAGAAACUGUAUUAUCUCAAACGCAUGUCACUUUCAAUGUGCAUUUUGGUGACAACCAGGGACUCAGUGAGCAAUGUGCGACAAGUAAUUAUCAGCAAUGAAUUUUUAAGGUGCAUUUAUGUUGGUAAUCAUUCCCCUCCUUUUUCAACACUUUUCUUAAUUUCUUUGAUGCUUUUUGCUCUUUUCAGUCUUGUUGUUAAUGCUUUUGUACAACAAAGAAACAUCACACUUGAUUGAUCAACUUAGGCUUUUGACAGUUUUUGUGUUGAAAGAGAUGAACAAGUCUCUCCAUGCUCACCAGUUUCUUCUUUUUUUUCUUUUUUUUUUACCUUUAUCUCUGCUGAGUAAAAGUGUUAUCCCAACUCUUGUUUCACUUGCCCUUUUUUCAUGUACCUGUUAUGAAACAUAGUAGAAUUGACAUUUUGCUCCUCAAAAGAAUAAAAGGUGCAUUAAAUAGUUGUUUUCAAAACAAGUGGAAAUUGCCAAUUUAUUUUGGUGAAAUUUUAUUAUAUAUUGAUUCAUUCACAUGGAUUGAAGGUUUUGCUGCUCUGGAUGCUAAUCUGUCGGCAUACCCCAGAAAAACUGCAGGCUUUUUAGACUGUUACCUACUGCACAUACAGUACUACGUAGUAUUUAUAUUUAGUUCAUAAUUUUAAUUGAGUUUGUACGCUUCAUUCUAUCUCCCCUUUUUUUACAUUUUUUUUUCUUUUUUCAUUCCAUUGCGCUUGCUUGAAGGGGUGUUCAAAAUGUGAUAUUAACCUUUCUUGUUUUUGUUUUGUAGAUAGCAGGAAUUGCAAAGAGGCUGAAAUUUGGAAGUUUGAUAUUUGCUUUCAUGUUUCUUCAUCAGCUAGUUAUAGAUUGAGAAGCUAAGGUUUUUGGUGUUGUCAUAGUUUUCUGGACCUCUAACUCAAAAUAUCUUGUACUCCUAACAAACUUAAAAAUGUUUCUCUUAUCUUGGUGCUUUUUGUGCUGAAGCAAACAUUGUUUUAAUUUAUUUGACUGUCUGUGCUCUAAUUUCAGUUUUGAUCUAAAUGUACGAUCCAAGUGGUAUCUUUGUAGUAUCAUUAACUUUUCAGGUUUCCUAUUCUUAAUUCAACAUAUUUGUAAGACACUUUUCUAUCAAUGUUCCUUGAAAUAGGACUUCUUUUUCUGUAAUUUCCUCACAAUUUUUUUCAAUUUGAGAAUCAUUGAUGUAUGUUUAAUCAGUGAUUACCACUUCAUCAUAUGCUCUAGACUAUAGAAAAUGUAAUCAUAUGAGGAGUUUUGUGUCCAUGUCUCAUGUGAAGUGUUUACUCUUCUGCUUUUAUCUCCUAAUAUUUAGGUACAUAUGUUUAAAUGUUAGGCACUUUUUUCUGGUAAUCAUUUUGUGUGAUACUUAUCUAGGUAGCUUACUGACAGUGCAUUAGCUUUAAGUACCGAUGUCUACUGUAAUGUAAAUUUUUUUUGAGAUACAGUAUAUGAAAUGAAAUGUUUGGUUCUCUAAGAAAACACAUCAACUUUCACUUUUUCCUUUACCUUUUUUUUUUUUUUUGGUGUAUAAAAAAAGAAAGUUAUUUUUGACAUUGUAGCGGAAGCUCAUCUUCGUCAUUUGUACUGUGCAGUAUUAUAAAAGACCUUCUUCCUGUUUAUGUAUGAUUAGAUGAUUUUUCAUUAACAUAAUCCACAAUAAAUGUAUGUUGUGAGUAUAAA